CCAUGUCCAUGCCCGUGGCGCACUCGCCCCCGGCAGCCACCAGCCCCAGCAGCCUGUCGUCCAGCAGCGGGCACGGCUCCGGCUCCUACCCGCUGCCCCCGGGCGCGCACCCGCACCUGCAGCACCCCCUGCACCAGCCCGCGAGCCAGCGGCCCUCCAGCGGCAGCGCCUCGGCCUCGGGCUCCCCCAGCGACCCCGGCUUCAUGUCUCUGGACGAGUACGGCUCCAGCCCCGGGGACCUGAGAACGUUCUGCAGCCACAGGAGCAACACACCCGAGUCCAUCGCCGAGACGCCCCCGGCCAGGGACGGCAGUGGGAGCGAGCUCUGCGGGCACAUGGCCAUGGACAGGCCCCUGAGCCACUGCGGCCGCCCCUACCGCAGAGUGUCGGGGGACGGGGCCCAGGACCUGGACCGAGGGCUGCGGAAGAGGACUUACUCGCUGACCACCCCCGCCCGGCAGCGGCCGGCGCCGCAGCCUUCCUCUGCGUCCCUGGACGAGUACACCCUGAUGCGGGUCGCCUUCUCCGGCAGCUCGGGCCGCCUCUGCCCGUCCUGCCCCGCCUCGUCUCCCAAAGUGGCCUACCACCCGUACCCCGAGGACUACGGUGACAUCGAGAUCGGGUCCCACCGGAGCUGCAGCAGUAACUUGGGUGCAGACGACGGUUACAUGCCCAUGACCCCCGGCGCGGCCCUCAUGGGUGGUGGCAGCGGCAGCGGCAGCUGUAAGAGCGACGACUACAUGCCCAUGAGCCCCACCAGCGUGUCUGCCCCGAAGCAGAUCUUGCAGCCCCGGGCGGCCACCGCGGCCUUGCCACCCACGGGAGCGGCCGUGCCCCCCGCGGCCAGCAGGGCCUUCCCGGCCGGCGGGGGCUCCUACAAGACGGGCUCCCCAGCCGAGAGCUCCCCCGAGGACAGCGGGUACAUGCGCAUGUGGUGUGGCUCCAAGCUGUCCAUGGAGGCCGCCGACAGCAAGCUGUUGCCCAACGGGGACUACCUCAACAUGUCCCCCAGCGACGCGGGCCCCUCAGGGACCCCUCCCGACUUCUUCACAGCCGCCUUGCACGGCGGGGAGACGCUGCGGGGCGUGCCCGGCUACUGCUGCAGCUCCUUGCCGCGCUCCUACAAGGCUCCCUACACCUGUGCUGCCGACGGCGACCAGUACGUGCUCAUGAGCUCCCCCGUGGGGCGCAUCCUGGAGGAGGAGAGGCUGGAGCCGCCCACCGCCCACACGCAGCCUCCUCCCUCCGUCGUGCCUUCGCCCGGCAGGCCGGGUGGCGGCGCGGGGGGCCGCCCGGAGGGCUUCCUGGGCCAGCGCUGCCGCGCCGUGCGGCCCACGCGCCUGUCCUUGGAGGGGCUCCAGACCCUGCCCAGCAUGCACGAGCACCCGCUGCCGCCCGAGCCCAAGAGCCCAGGCGAGUACAUCAACAUCGACUUCGGCGAUGCGGGGGCUCGCCUGUCGCCGCCCGCGCCCCCGCUGCUGGCCUCGGCCGCCUCGUCGUCGUCGCUGCUGUCCGCCAGCAGCCCGGCCUCCUCGCUGGGCUCGGGUACGCCGGGCACCAGCAGCGACAGCAGGCAGCGCUCCCCGCUGUCCGACUACAUGAACCUCGACUUCAGCUCGCCCAAGUCGCCCAAGCCGGGCAGCCGGGGCCGGGACCCCGUGGGCUCCCUGGACGCCCUCCUGUCUCCCGAAGCCUCCUCCCCUUACCCGCCGCUGCCCCCACGCCCGGCCGCCCCCGCCUCUUCCCUGCAGCCCCCACCGCCGCCGGGAGAGCUGUACCGCCUGCCCCAGGCGCCCCCUCCCCAGGGCCCCUGCGCUGCCUCCUCCUCGUCCUCCGAGACUGGGGACAAUGGUGACUACACCGAGAUGGCCUUCGGCGUGGCUGCCACCCCGCCACAACCCAUCGCUGCGCCCCCGAAGCCGGAAGGUGCCCGCGUGGCCAGCCCCACGGCCGGCGUCAAGAGGCUGAGUCUCAUGGAGCAGGUGUCCGGUGUGGAGGCCUUCCUGCAGGCCAGCCAGCCCCCAGACCCUCACCGGGGCGCCAAGGUCAUCCGCGCAGACCCGCAGGGCGGCCGCCGCCGCCACAGCUCCGAGACCUUCUCCUCGACCACCACUGUGACCCCCGUGUCCCCUUCCUUCGCCCAUAACCCGAAGCGCCACAACUCAGCCUCUGUGGAAAACGUCUCUCUCAGGAAAAGCAGCGAAGGGGGCGGCAGCGGUAGCCUGGCGGGGGGCGACGAGCGCCCCACGUCCCCCCGCCAGGUGCAGCCCCCGCCCCCCCAGCAGGCGCGGCCCAGGCUGCCCAGUCAGCCCGGGGGCGUGGUUGGGUGCCCGGGAGGCAGCGCCUCGCCCAUGCGCAGGGAGACCUCUGCCGGCUUCCAGAACGGCCUCAAUUAUAUCGCCAUCGACGUGAGGGACGAGGCUGGGCUGUCGCCGACCCCGCAGCAGCACCCACACCCGCCGCCGCAGGGAGACAAGGGCGCCUGGGGCCGGACCCGCAGCCUCGGGGGUCUCAUCAGCGCCGCUGUGGGGAGCGGCGGCGCCGGCGGGGUGUGCGGGGGGCCGGGCCCUGGCGCCCUGCCUUCUGCCAACACCUAUGCCAGCAUCGACUUCCUGUCCCAUCACCUGAAGGAGGCCACCAUCGUGAAAGAGUGAGGAUCUGUCUGGCUCCGUCGUCCUGACCUCGCGCAUCAGAGAAUGACUUUACGAGAAGACGCUCGGUGGUUUUGUUGUUUUUUUAAUCUGAAGCUGCUUACGAUUUUCUUUUGGAUCUGAGCAAGGACUACGUUUGGAACACCUAGGACCAUGGUGGACUCUGGACCCCCAGGACAAGGACACCUGCCCCCCCUCGCUCGCGCGGGGGCACGCGCCGCUCUGCUGCUUGUGCCGUGUUGCAUUUGCUGUUUCACCGAAGUCGCCGAAGCAGGCCUUCUCAAGAACCGGACGUUUCCAUUGGCCCUUUAGAUCGUGGCCGGGGUCUUCUCACCUGUGUUGUGGCUGAGCAGUUUUGCCCCUCAGCAUGCUGGGAGAUGCUCCCACACCCGAGAGUGGUACAAUCUGGUCUUUACCGGCAUGCACUCAAAACGACCACAGUCCUACCUCAGUCAGGUGAAGCCGGAUUCGUGCGGCCGGGGGCCGGCAGGACCUCCUGUACAUAGAUGUCUGCUGAGUGUGUCUGAGUGCGGCCUUCAGCCUUAUUUAAUGGUCCCAGGACGCAGCGGCUCCGUGGAUCCAAUCCAGGUACCUGCGUGUUUACUCAGACCGAGCCCAGUGCGGGACUGACGCUUCUCAACGGAAAUGCACUUUGGGAUUAGACUUCGAAGAUGGGUUAAUAAAUAAUAAUAAUAAUUAUAUGUAACUGAAGCAACCUACUUUUGAAAAUCAUCAACUGUAUUGGGUAGCGGGGGGAAGGGAGGGGUCUGGGGGGGUGAAUAUAUCUUUUUACCUUUAACAGACUUGUUUGAUCUUCUCUGCGUAGAUGUUUAUGUAGGUACAUCCGAUUGCAAAAGGCUUUGAUACUAUUUACAAGCGCCAGUGUCUCUGCCCCCUUAACCUUGAGCCUGCCUUUCUUUAGCCAAAACUCACAUAGGCUAGUGAUUCACGGCGGUCACAGCUUCGGCAGGUUUGACAAAAAUGUGUUAUCUUUACUCAACGCUACCGUGUUGGCCAACGAGGUGGCCUGAGCAACAAAAAAAAACAACAAGAAAAAUUGAAAAAGGAAAGGGAAGGAAAGAACUUGGUAAAGGUAUCCCGGCCCCUCUGUUGUCAAGGGAAGAAGAAAGAGAGGAGGACAAAGAACCUCACGUUACCUGUGACUUGUCGGAAAACUUCCUGGCGAGACGACCCUCGUUUUGUGUUUUCAGUGUUCUGGAAAGAUCAGUGUUGUGGCAGUCAUUGCGGGCGUCCUCGAAACUGCUGCCUGGCCCGGCAGAAGGUCACGGGCCUCGCUGCCCCACGUGACGGGGCUGCAGACCCCCUCCCAAGGGCGCGUCCGCUCGGCCUCCUGGCGGAUGGGCCUGGGGAGGCUACACGCAUUCACUGGAGAUGGGAGCUUUGUUUUUCUUUCUUUCUUUUUUUUUUUUGGAGAAAAAAAUAUAUAAAUAUAUAGAUAUAUAUCACUAUAGAAUAAUGCAUUAAUAAAAUGAGGCUUUUUUAGAGGAAGACCAAUAAAUUCAAUGUCUUAAAAAUAUAUUUAACGACAAUGCAAAAGUCUUCCUGCUUCUGUACUGAACUUCUAGAACAGAGGAUUGUAAUCGCAAGACAAAGUUGAAUGUAAAGUGACCCCCCCAAACAUUUUUUUAAAGUUUUACUUUUCUAAAGUUACACAUCACAACAGCAUAUAGACCGGACUAUCUUAGUUUGAAGGUCAAUUUCAGUGUAUAAUACAUAUACUUUAUUAAAAUGUAUAAAAACAUCCUAAAGUUUGGAUUUAUUUAGUUUUGGGACUCGGAAUCGAUGGGUGGUAUUCGCUAUGUAACCUCCCCCACACCCCCUCUUGCCCCCUCCCCGCCCGCCCCCCCUGCCCUGGGUACAGUGGGCCUGAAUCUGGACCCUGUUGGGAUACAGUGUAUGAUGUGUAUUUAAUUAGUCCUCUAUCCUUAGAAUAGUCAUACCUCUCUCCAAAGGCUCAUGUUCUUAACUGCAGCUUACAAGAAGCAAAAGAAAAAGUUGAUAAUAUACUAAAAUUUUCCUCUAUCCUGUACAUUUCAAAAAAAAGGCAUAUGCAAUAUUUACAUUUUUAAUUUAGUUUACAGAAUGGAACCAAAAUGUAUAAAUGUUAUGUUUGCUAAAACUUUGCAAUGUACAUUGGAUCUUUGUACAUUUUGCCUGACUUACCUUAAAUUUAAAAUAUUUUUUGCUAUAUAAACUUUAACAGUUAUUAAACAGUGUUUUCUUUUGGGGUACGUAUUGUUUCUGGAUAUCAAGAUGUUAAAUAUAUUUCUUGCUAUUGUGAUAUGACAAGACUUCCUUGCUCUGUCUUCCACUGUCCACGCUGUACAUAGGGCCCAUGUAAUACUGCUGGAGACGGCGACAAAUGGAAUUAGAGUAGUGCACUGUAUCUAGUCUGGCUUGAUCAUGGAUGCGCUCCUUAACAGCCAUAUGCAAUAAAAUAAAAUACAUUAUUUAUGAAAUGAA